UUCCGGGCCGCUGCGCUGUCUCCGCGUGUGGACCACUUUACAGGCGGUUGAGACUAUUUUAACACUGGGCUUGGCUACUACAGAGGCGAAAUGGCGGUGGAGGUGUUGCCGAGUGCGAAGUGGCUGUACUGUGGGGAGCCCGAUGAAAGCCAGAGAGCUGUACUAGUUCAGUUCUCCAAUGGGAAACUGCAGAAUCCAGGUAACCUGCGCUUUACCUUGUACAAGAGCAACGACUCCACAAAUCCCAGGAAGAGGAGUCACCGGAUCCUGGCAGCUGAAACAGACAGACUUUCCUACGUGGGAAACAAUUUUGGGACUGGAGCCCUCAAAUGCAACACUCUAUGCAGGCACUUUGUGGGAAUUUUGAACAAGACCUCUGGCCAAAUGGAAGUGUACGAUGCUGAAUUGUUCAACAUGCAGCCACUGUUUUCAGAUGAGUCAAUUGAGAGCGAAUUGACAUUAGAGGAUCAGAGCAAAACUUUCAGAGAUAAGAUGGACUCCUGCAUCGAAGCAUUUGGUACCACCAAACAGAAGCGGGCUCUGAACUCCAGGAGAAUGAACAGAGUGGGCAAUGAAUCUUUGAGUCACGCGGUAGCUAAAGCUGCAGAGAGCAUUAUUGAUACAAAGGGUGUGACUGCCCUGGUUGAUGACGCCAUGCGCGAUAACUUGCAAGAUGACUCCCUCUACCUCCCUCCCUGCCACGCUGAUGCAGCCAAGCCUGAAGACGUGUAUAAAUUUGAAGACCUUCUCUCCCCUGCGGAGUACGAGGCUCUUCAGAGCCCAUCUGAAGCCUUCAGGAAUGUCACGUCAGAAGACAUACUGAAGAUGGUUGAGGAGAACAGCCACUGCUCCUUUGUCAUAGAAGCGUUGAAGUCUUUGCCAUCAAAUGAGGAGAGCCGAGACCACCAGGCCCGGUGCAUAUGGUUUCUGGACACACUCAUCAAAUUCCGAGCACAGAAAGUGAUUAAGCGGAAAAGUGCUCUGGGGCCUGGCGUUCCACACAUCAUCAACACCAAACUGCUGAAGCACUUCACCUGCUUGACUUACAACAAUGGCAGUUUACGCAACUUAAUUUCCGAUUCUAUGAAGGCAAAGAUCAUCGCGUAUGUGAUCAUACUCGCCUUGCACAUAAAUGACUUCCAGAUCGACCUGACCGUGUUACAGAGGGACUUGAAGCUCAGUGAGAAAAGGAUGAUGGAGAUUGCCAAGGCCAUGAGGCUGAAGAUCUCUAAAAGAAAGGUGUCUCUGGCAGCCGGCGGGGAGGAGCAGCACAGACUGGGCACCCUGUGCGUCCCGCUGCCGCCAGCCCAGUCGGAUCACCAGUCCAAGCGGAGGAGAAUGACGUAGAGGUGUGCUUUCUGGACCGAGCAGCUCGGCCACACCGUAGCCACUGCUUCUGUUCAUUUUCACUUUUAAAAAGAGAGGAAAAGAAGCCCCGCUUUGACAUGGGUAUGAAGCCACAAGCUGGUAUCUCAGUGGUGCUUAAGCAAGAACAUCAAACGACUGCCACAUUGGACUUUGUCUCCGUCCUUCCGUGUUGGAACUAUAAAUGGCAGCUGGUUCUCGUGUUGGUUCACGUGUGGUGAUGUGGGAGGUGGGGACUGGGAAGCUGGAGCCAAAAGAUCUCACAGGCUGAACCCUGGGCCACAUCUAACAGAUUCAGGUUAAUAAAGAGAAAUGUGAAGUAC